ACAGGCUCGAUACCUAAUUCAUUAAUAAGCUGUUGCUCGACAGCAGUGCAAAGGCGGCGCUAAUUUUCAUGGGAUUUGAAUUGCAGUUUGAAGUGCGAGAUGCUUUUUCUGUUGAUGAUUUUCUACUUGAUCAAUUCCCCUGUUGCUAAUUGUAGCAGUGAGUCUGAUAGUGAUGAGUUUAGAAUGAAUUCUCAUCACUAUAGCAGUGAGUCUGACAGUGAUGAGAGGGGAAAUCACUUUCAGCUCAUUCCACUUCCUCCCUGGCCUUCCUUACCUUUCUGGACUCUGUUUCCUGGUCUGUGGCCAAAGCCGCCACCCACUCCCGUCCCACCUCCACCCCCAACCAAGACCACAACAACCCCCCAGACCACUGUUGUUGUUACCACUGAGAGUCCACGAGGAGACAAUGGUUAAAAGUCAUCAUGGAAUAUAAAAAUAUAUCAUCAUCAUAUCUUUGUUUGUUUUUGCAUUUUCAUACGAUUUUGAUUAUUUGUGAUUUCAAAGCCAUGGUUGAAUCAGAU